AAGGCCCAACUCGAAAGAUAGAACAUGUCGUACUGGAGAAAAACCUCCUCCUCUUGUUCGUACUGUCGAUAGAAUAAGUCUGGUUUUCCGGAUCUCUCACAACGCUAUUGCCAUCGCCGUCGAUCUACGGUCCCUGUCCGAGGGCUUGACUGAAAAAUGUUGGGAGGUAGAGCAAUCCAUCGAUUAUUAGGCAGGAAAUUUCAAUCUGAAUCCACGGCCUCUCCAAUUUUAUCAUCCAUUGUUUCCAAGAAAGCUCAAGAAGAAUUUGGAUCUUUUGGCAUGAAGUCCUUCAGAACAUUGGCACUCAUUGGAGCGGGUGUAUCUGGACUCGUAGGUUUUGCGACAGUAGCAUCUGCUGAUGAGGCUGAACAUGGAUUGGAGUGUCCAAGCUAUCCUUGGCCUCACGAAGGCAUUCUUAGUUCAUAUGAUCACGCUUCGAUUCGUCGUGGUCACCAGGUUUAUCAACAAGUAUGUGCAUCUUGUCAUUCAAUGUCACUUGUGUCAUAUCGUGACUUGGUCGGGGUGGCAUAUACAGAGGAGGAAGUAAAGGCUAUGGCAGCUGAGAUUGAGGUGGAGGAUGGGCCUAAUGAUGAGGGUGAAAUGUUUACUCGUCCUGGUAAACUGAGUGAUCGCUUUCCUCAGCCAUAUCCAAAUGAAGCAGCUGCUAGAUUUGCUAAUGGAGGAGCCUACCCUCCAGAUUUAAGUCUUAUUACAAAAGCACGUCAUAAUGGUCAAAACUAUGUGUUUGCCCUUCUAACUGGCUAUCGUGAUCCUCCUGCUGGUGUUUCGAUUCGUGAAGGACUGCACUACAAUCCUUACUUCCCUGGUGGAGCUAUUGCAAUGCCUAAAAUGCUUAAUGAUGGUGCUGUUGAGUAUGAAGAUGGUGUCCCUGCAACAGAAGCUCAGAUGGGGAAAGAUGUGGUGUCAUUUUUAACUUGGGCUGCUGAACCUGAGAUGGAAGAGAGAAAACUGAUGGGCUUCAAGUGGAUAUUUGUACUGUCCCUUGCACUACUUCAAGCUGCUUACUAUAGGCGUUUGAGGUGGUCUGUCCUCAAGUCGAGGAAGCUGGUCCUUGAUGUUGUUAAUUAGAACAUUACCAUAUUUGAAUGCUUGUGGAGCAGGCAAAUAAUAUUAUCUUUCUCGAUAUGUUUUUGUUGUUUGACGUCUUACUGUGGAAUCGCCUGUUUUUUGGUAAAGCGAACAGGCUAAAAUUUUCUUCCAUUUGAAGUCAAAAUAAGAGGAUCGUGAACUUUAAAGUUUGACUUUUAUAGGGGAGACAUUCUCACCUUGUUUUGGAGGUUUGUAACCCCUGUUUGUGGAGCUUGGUCUGGCUGUUGUGAAACUUUACUUGGCUUUUCCUUUCUCCAAGUUUAUAGUUUUGUGACUUGAAAUCCUAUUCCAAGGGGAACCAAUACGAUUGAUCCGAUGAGAAUUUUAGUGGUAAGUUUAUUUCUAUUGGUUAA